AUGCUCAACCGUCUGAUUCGUUUCACGGUGGCUAGCGGGGCCAUCACUGCAUUCGCGAUGGUCAUUCACAUUGGUUUGUACUACAGCGCCCCGAACACGAACCUUUACACCUUGACGGCUAUGACCACCUCUAAGCUGUACACUAAUUCGGUCCUAGCAUCAUUGAACUCGCGUCGCGCCUUAGCAUCCAAAACGAGUGACCCAUUCAUCGAAUCUUUUGCAGCCAGCACUCCUACCGGCCCUCUUGUCCAUGUCUCUCGACACAUCGAGUUUUCGCGCCCAAAUGAAUCCCAGUCAAUAGAACCUAGGGACAGCGAAACUCGCGACAAGGUCUUGGCCAUACGACCAAGCAGCUCAGAUUUUAUGAUGAUGGACCUUUCAAAGAACUCUAGCCAUGUCUGA